CACUUGUUACUUGUAUCGACACGUUUCGAGUAGUAAUGAUUUAAGCAAAUGGUUUUUACACCAAAAACAAUAGGUUUCACCCAAACUGGAGGUGUAGUCUCUAGUUUUGCUGCUUUACUUUUAUCUCUUUCUUCAAACCGAAUUCCGUCACAUACUGCUCCUCAAUACAACUACAUAAACUUUCUAAACUCAACUCAACACAAUCACAAGAACCCAAAUACUUAUCUCUCUUUUGUAAACUCACAACACAACUUUCCCACAUCCAAUUUGAUCAAUCUAAAAUUCAAGAGCAAAUAUGAGUUCAAAAAGCAAAGCUUGGGCAACAAGUAUUGGAGUAGUGGAAGCUUUGAAGGACCAAGGCGUUUGUAGAUGGAAUUCUGUUCUGAGGUCAAUUCAGCAGCACACAAAGUCCAAUCUCAGAUCUUAUUCUCAGGCCAAGAAAAUACCAGCUCAGUUUUCUAACAUCUCCAAAGAUGAGAAAUUGAAGCAAUCUAGGAAUCUCUUAGAACUGUCGUACUUGAGUUGUUGGGGUCCUAACAAUUGAGGACUUUUGUAAUAUAUUUUCCCAUUUUUUCCGGUAAAAAGUACAUAAAUGAAUUUAAGAACUUAAUUUUUUUUAAUGAUUUUGCUUAUUUCAUUGUUGAAGUUUCCUUACGCCAACUCAACUUUUAUA